AUGAAUAAUCAACAAGUUCAUCUCACAUUUAAAAAUGAUUUAAAAGAAGAUGAGAUUAUUCUUGCACAAUUUGAACAGACAAAAUUCGAAUCACUUCCUCGUCCUAUAAAACUUAUUAAAGAUGUUCUUACCCCUGAAGCACCAAAUAAAAAAGAUGAACAAAAAAGACAAUAUUAUAAAAAGGCUAUUGCUGAUGCUCCUUUUAUUCUUUCUGCAGGUGAGCAACCACUUUUUGCACCUAAAUUAGAUCCAAUAACAAAUCAAAUGAUUUCAACUAAACCAAUUAUCACUUUAGGAAGUAGAAAAAUCAAAGAAGAAGAAAAGUUUGCACUAAUUCAAGUUCAAGAUGAUGGAAAUGCUACAAUAAAUAUUUUAGAUGAAAAUUGGAUUUUUAGCAGAAAGGCUGAUAUGGAAAAACCACUUUUUUCAAAUGCUGUAGAAGAGGUUGAUGGUUCUGAUGAUACUAGAGUUAAAAAAAAAGAAUAUCAAAGUGAAGAAGAACGUUACUCUAAUUUCAGUGACAACUAUGGUGAUGAUGAGGAUGAUUUUAACGAAAAGAAUGAUAAAACUGCUUCUGAUGACAGUGAGGAUGAAGAAAAGAAAGAGGCAAAAUCACGUAAAAGAUUAUCUUCAUCAUCUCAACCAGCACCGAGAAAAGAGUUAAUGAAUUUAAUUAUUGAAAAAAUGAAGGCAAGUGGAGAUGAAAUGUUUCUUGAUGACUUAAAUAAAUCAUUAAAUCCUGAUGGCAAUGAAGAGUUAUCAAAGAAAUUAACUGAUUUAUAUGCUCGUGUUUUAACUGUAUCAAAACAAACAACAGAAUCUCCUUUAAUUGUAACACUAAAGAAAGAACACUCUUCUAAAAAACCAAAAAAAAGAACCGAGAAAAAGAGUGAAAAGAAACCAGAGUCAAGUAAGUAA